CCGACGCUCUGCACCUGUGUGUGGAGCUUCAGUCCAAGGAUUUUUUUACUCAGAGAAAUGUUUAUUUUUUUGCUUAGUCUCACCAGUCUGUGAUUUCAUACGUGGAUGCGACGUGGAAGGAAAGAGAAGAUCAGAAACACGGAGUGUAGGGGGAAAAGUGCAACUCCAGUGAAUGAAAGGUGCGCGCCUGCUGGACUCAACAAGCACACACACGAAUCAACUAGUGUGACCUCUCAUUUGUUUACCAUGGGGAAAAGUGACCAGUCUGCGUUGUGAAAAUAAAGGACUAAUUCACUGUUAACUCAAAGAUCACCGGGAUCAUCAGUAGGACCGAACGCAGGUGAUUUAAUCGAAUCCAAGCCUUUAAACUGGAUCUUUGCGCGCGCAUCGACUUACGGAUUUGACUGAUCUCCUUCAACACUCUCAAAGAGAGAAGAUGCCGUUCCACCAUGUGACGGCAGGCCUGCUCUACAAGGGGAACUACCUGAGCCGCUCGCUGUCUGACAGCGACAGUGAUGUGAUGACCAGCAUCUCUGUCGAAGAGCUUCAUGAGAUCCGGGAGGCGUUUAAGGUGCUGGAUCGGGAUGGAAAUGGGUUCAUUUCCAAACAGGAACUGGGAAUGGCCAUGCGGUCUCUGGGGUACAUGCCCAGUGAGGUGGAGCUGGCCAUCAUCAUGCAGAGACUAGACAUGGAUGGUGAUGGGCAAGUGGAUUUUGAUGAGUUCAUGACAAUUCUUGGUCCCAAACUUCUGUCAUCUGAAACAAGAGAAGGCUUUCUGGGCAGCACAAUAGAUACCAUCUUCUGGCAGUUCGACAUGCAGAGGAUCACCCUGGAGGAGCUGAAACACAUCCUGUUCUACGCCUUCCGCGACCACCUGACCAUGAAGGACAUUGAAAACAUCAUCAUCAACGAGGAAGAGAGCCUGAAGGAGAACUCCGGAAACUGUCAGACAGAGUUUGAGGGCGUUCACCCCUCAAAGAAGAACCGGCAGACGUGCGUGAGGAAGAGCCUCAUCUGUGCUUUCGCCAUGGCAUUCAUCAUCAGCGUCAUGCUCAUUGCAGCCAAUCAGAUGCUGAGGAAUGGCAUGGAGUAGCCAUGCCCACUGGGAGCUGGAAACAAACCAGCCUGCAUGUGCAUGCCGGUGGGUGAGGACAUGUCCCUGUUGAUAGAAAAAGAACCACAAGGAAUUACACAGAAAUAAUCAUCACCUAAAUCUAUUUUUAAGGUUGCACUUAGAUUUUUUUCAAACGAGAAGCACGUCUCCAACCGACGUCCAAUAAACCCAUGAAGCCAGCAUAAGGAGUCAUGCAGGACUCCUCCCCUUUACUCCAACACAAACUCUCAAGGGCUGACAUCCAUACAAUCCACUGUUGUCUGUUUCCCUGAUGCAAUAAAAAGAAAAGAUAGAAUUAAAAACUAAGUGCAGGAAUUGAGAGCUGCCGGCUUUUCCAGCAGGCGAAAUGUGAGUCUGCUUAUCUGUCAGCCACCAGGAGUUUCGGUCUGGGUCCCAGAAGAGACUGAGAAGGACAAAACAACAGCCCUCUUAUUAUAGGUCCUGAAAGGUUGUUGGCAGAGCUCACCGCCACUGAAGCAGAAGGAUCAGUGUGCAUCAGACCACAGCUCCUGGAGCUCUCGUGGUGCGCUCCUACUACAUCUGUGUCUGUGGGCUGGUUUGAGGUGCUGGCAUCACCUCAUUAGCCUUACAAGCCAGGCAGUUCGGACAGUAAGAAAUCAGAUUGUGUUUUCUUCAAGAUUUUCAUGAUUAUUUCCUCCUGGUGGAAAUAAACCACCCUCCAGUGCUCUCUGUGUAUCAUACUUUAUCCGUCAGCAGUGUCCAGUGCAUCCCAGGGGUUAUGUGAUGUAAAUUUUGUCCGUCUGAUGAACUUCUGCCUCUGUUUGUGAUUUCCCUCAUUUCUCAAAAUGAUUGCAGGUAACCCCCAGAGAGACGGUGUGAAGCGGUUGCAUUCAGCUGUGUCCUAAUGUGUCAGUGGUAAAAGCAAAGAUAAUGGAUACAGCAAAUAGGUGAGAUGUUUUCCAGCUGAGGAAACUGGAGUUGCAUUUUCUAAUCUCAGUGCAGUCUGUUCUGGGGCUGAAAUGCAUCUUGGCCUCAUGGCAGAGUUUAACCUGAUGCAUGAAGGGACCAGUACCGAACCCU